AUGUUGAGCCCAUGGGCUUGCAAGUCCAAAACUGUCCACUGCUUUGCCUGCUGGCUGCACUCAAAAACUUCGCUUGAAUUUCCACUGAAAUCAGUAGUUUCUCUCUGUGAAAGCCCUAAGGCUGCAAAAAUCCUUGCGAACUUGGUUGUUAUUGGAUCCGGAAUAUUGGCAAGAGCUUUAGUUCAAGCAUAUCAUCAGGCGCUUGCAAAUGCCUCAAAAUCUGGUGUUGCUCAAGAAACAGUACAGAACAUCAGGAGAGGAAGCAAAAUAAUGCCUGAACUAGAGGCAAGGCAUAUUCUAGGUGUCACUGAGCAUUCAUCGUGGGAGGAAAUCUUACAGAAGUAUGAUAACUUGUUUGAGCAGAAUGCUAAGAAUGGCAGCUUUUACCUCCAAUCAAAGGUUCAUAGAGCUAAAGAAUGUUUAGAAUCUGUUUAUUAAAGAAAUGGCCAAGGGACUCCAGAUACCUAAUUUAUUAGAGGGCUUUGGUUACAAAUGUCAAACAAUAGUGAUGACUUGCGGCAAGGCAUUGUUGGUGGAGCCAGUGAAGCUGGGAGAGUCAAAUGAUUCUUGUUCAUGAGACACUGAGAUUGAUUUAAUAUGGAGAAUGUCUUAAUCUCCAAGGAGUUCUGUUGACAUUAGAUGCAGAGAUCGCCGGCAGUGCAUUGAAGGGUUCAUUCUUCAUUCUUCAUACUUGACAGCGUGUCUAAAGUUUUAAGAUUGUUCAUCUAUUCUGCCCAAUUUUUUGUACAACACUUCUGAGGAAGACCCACAUGGUAUGCUGACCCAACUUGUACAUUUGCUCACAAACCUAAAACUCAAAAAAAAAAAUGUUUUUUGUUGAC